UUCUAAGUGGUCAACUAGACCCACGAUUUGGCAAUAGGCAGAGCGCAGAAAGGCGCUGGCUGGUGGGUGGAUGGGAACAAAGAUCUAAGUCCUCUUCUUCCCGGGAUUUAGUGAGGGUCCUGAGAGGCAAGAGGGACAGGGAAGGAAAAGGAGGGUGCUUGUCGGUCAUUUUCCACCAUCUGCCUACAAAUUCAGUGAGCUUUCCUUGCGGAAAGGACGCUGGAUUCAGGGUGCAUCGGUGCGCUUUGUAGCGGGCUGGGAGUCCGCAGGUGGGUAGCCCGGGCGCGGGAGGAAGGGGAAGUUACCUUCCCUUCGGAAGAGGGCGCUGGCUCCCCCAUCCUGCCUUUAUAAUAAGGCCACAGGAGGAGAGGAAGCAGCCAGCUGCCGUCUGCGCUUUGCAAAGCAUGCAGUUAGGCGAGCAGCUCUUGGUGAGCUCUGUGAACCUACCCAGUGCGCACUUCUACCCGUUGGAGAGUGCGCGAGGCGGCGGCGGCGGAGGGAGCACCAGCCACCUUCCUGGGGCUGCCCCCUCGCCCCAGAGGCUGGACUUAGACAAAGCACCCAAGAAGUUCUCCAGCAGCCUCUCGUGCGAGGCGGGGAACGGGGAAACUGACGCCAGCGCGGGGGCCCCCGUGGCCAUGCUCAGUGACGCCGACGCCGGGGACACCUUUGCCAGCGCCUCUACAGUGACCAAGCCAGGACCCCCGGACGGCCGCAAGGGCUCCCCCUGCGGAGAGGAGGAGCUGCCUUCUGCCGCUGCCGCCGCCGCCGCCGCUGCUGCCGCAGCCACCGCGCGCUACUCCAUGGACAGCCUGAGCUCGGAGCGCUACUAUCUUCAGUCUCCCGGGCCUCAAGGCUCUGAGCUGGCUGCGCCCUGCUCUCUCUUCCCGUACCAGGCAGCGGCCGGGGCGCCUCAUGGAUCUGUUUACCCGGCUCCCAACGGCGCGCGUUACCCCUAUGGCUCCAUGCUGCCCCCCGGUGGAUUCCCCGCAGCUGUGUGCCCACCUGGGAGGGCACAAUUCGGUCCUGGAGCCGGCGCGGGCAGUGGUGCAGGCAGCAGCGGCGGCGGGGGCGGCGGCCCCGGUGCCUAUCAGUAUAGCCAGGGGGCCCCGCUCUACGGGCCGUACCCUGGAGCAGCAGCGGCCGGCUCUUGCGGAGGAUUGGGGGGCCUGGGGGUUCCCGGUUCCGGCUUCCGCGCCCACGUCUACCUGUGCAACCGGCCUCUGUGGCUUAAAUUCCAUCGUCACCAAACUGAGAUGAUCAUUACGAAACAGGGCAGGCGCAUGUUUCCUUUCUUGAGCUUCAACAUAAACGGACUCAAUCCCACUGCCCACUACAACGUGUUCGUAGAGGUGGUUCUGGCGGACCCUAACCACUGGCGCUUCCAGGGGGGCAAGUGGGUGACCUGCGGCAAAGCCGACAAUAACAUGCAGGGAAACAAAAUGUAUGUUCACCCAGAGUCUCCUAAUACUGGCUCCCACUGGAUGAGACAGGAAAUUUCCUUUGGGAAAUUAAAACUCACCAAUAACAAAGGAGCAAAUAACAACAACACCCAGAUGAUAGUCUUACAGUCUUUACACAAAUACCAACCACGACUGCACAUUGUGGAAGUGACAGAGGAUGGUGUGGAGGACUUGAAUGAGCCCUCGAAGACCCAAACCUUUACCUUCUCAGAAACACAGUUCAUUGCAGUGACUGCAUAUCAAAACACUGAUAUUACUCAACUAAAGAUUGAUCAUAACCCCUUUGCAAAAGGCUUCAGGGACAACUAUGAUUCCAUGUACACCGCUUCAGAAAAUGACAGGUUAACUCCAUCUCCCACGGAUUCUCCUAGAUCCCACCAGAUUGUCCCUGGAGGUCGGUACGGCGUUCAGUCCUUCUUCCCGGAGCCCUUUGUCAACACUUUACCUCAAGCCCGAUAUUAUAAUGGCGAGAGAACCGUGCCACAGACCAACGGCCUCCUUUCACCCCAACAGAGCGAAGAGGUGGCCAACCCUCCCCAGCGAUGGCUUGUCACGCCUGUCCAGCAACCUGGGACCAACAAACUAGACAUCGGUUCCUAUGAAUCUGAAUAUACUUCCAGUACCUUGCUCCCAUAUGGUAUUAAAUCCUUGCCCCUCCAGACAUCCCAUGCCCUGGGGUAUUACCCUGACCCAACCUUCCCUGCAAUGGCAGGGUGGGGAGGUCGAGGCUCUUACCAGAGGAAGAUGGCAGCUGGACUACCGUGGGCCUCCAGAACCAGCCCUCCUGUAUUCUCUGAAGAUCAGCUCUCCAAGGAGAAAGUCAAAGAAGAAAUUGGCUCUUCUUGGAUAGAAACACCUCCUUCCAUCAAGUCUCUAGAUUCCAAUGAUUCAGGGGUAUACACCAGUGCUUGUAAGCGAAGGCGGCUGUCUCCUAGCACCUCCAGUAAUGACAAUUCCCCCUCCAUAAAGUGUGAAGACAUUAAUACUGAAGAGUACAGUAAAGACACCUCAAAAGGCAUGGGGGGGUAUUACGCUUUUUAUACAACUCCCUAAAAGUUAUUUUCACUUCGUAAAAAUUAGCUAAUUUUUGGCAGAUGGACUUGGUGUUUUUUGUUGUCUUCUUUGCCUAGGUUGCCAAAAAGACGUUUGCCUUCCACCUUGAUGCAUCCCGUUUUGUGCAAUUCUCUAUAAGAAGGUGCCAAAGCUUUUUGAUUGCUGCAGGUAACUGAAACAAACCUAGCAUUUUUUUUCCCCUUUGUAAAAUACAGGUAAUGGAGGACUUUAAAAGUGUUUUAAAAGUUGAAGGUAAUUCAAGGUUCUGGAUUUAUUUAUUGGAGACACUAAACAUGCAGAGAAGCAGGCCGAGAAGAGUGAGUGCCCAGCACUAUCAAAUGGGUUAAAACCUUUCUUUCUUAUUUCUAUUUGUAAGUCUUUAAGCAAAUAGAAGCCCAGAAUGUUAAGGUGUUUAGCUUCUGGAAGAGAAGGACCGGGCCUUAAACUUCAAUUGGGGACCUUUUGGUGUUAACCUUGUGCCAGGGGCAAAAGAUGUUAGGCCUGGGAGUCAAGAAAAACUUUUGUGAAACUGCUGGUUUUAUCUGACUCUGAUUCCUCCCAGGCCUUUGGAAUAAGCCAUUUUUGCCCUUGUCCAGGAUUGCCUCUCUUGAGACUUGCUAGGCCUGUAUUGUGUGGUGGGGUAAGGGAGGGAGCCGCCAAAAAAGGGAAAAAAAAAAAAAAAAAGAAUUUUAAAAUGUACAGUUGUGUGUGUUUAGAUACACUGUAGAAUAAUGUGGAAUAUAUUGUACAAAUAGGCUACAUAGGUGUCUGAGAUCAUGUAAAAUUGGUGCUUUGGCUUUGUAAAAGAAUUCACAAGUUACCUAACGGCUUCAGGGGCAAGGGAAGAGUUUCAUCAUUCCCAUGAUCUUUGGGAAUAUUCUAUUUACUUUUUAGAUAGUUCAGAAUGUACUCAGCUACUCUGUACUAACUUGAAACGUGUUUAAGGAAAAAUCCUAUUUCAUCCUCUUCCUCCGCCAUCCCCCACUCCCCACCUUGGUAAUGUGAAGAAACUACAAUCUAAUGCCACAGCUCCUAUAGGCUUUUUAGAUAUCUUGGAUUUUUAUGUACAGUCUUAGUCAUUUUUAAUAAAUGUGGUUCAACUAGGGAACAGGCA